AUGUCCAGACACGGUGCAGAGGUUAUAAGAGAUGUCCUGGACUGCGAGGUGGACAAGCACCGAGGAACAAAGGAUCAUCACAGCUGUCUGUUGGUGAGGAGCAAAUCGAUGCCAGUGGGGCGUCAUGAACAUUGUGACAGAUGCUACAGCGUCCACUGCCGAGCCCCGGAGCAAAGCUCCGUCUCCUGCAUGGUCAUCAAGUGUCGUAAGAGCUGCGGCGCCGUCCUGCACAAGUGCAAGCAAGAGGAGCAUCAGCUCCUCUGUCCCAACGAGGCCGUCCCCUGCCUCAACGCCCACUACGGCUGCCCGUUCACCAUGCUGCGCCACAGGCUGGCCGAGCACCUGGAGGUCUGUCCGGCCAGCGUGGUGUGCUGCUCCCAGGAGUGGAGCCGCUGGCCUCUCUCUGAAACCGACCUGACCUGCAGGAAUCUCUCUGAAGACCUUGAACCUGAGCAGCAUCUGGAUGUCGCGGUGGCUCUGAGGGACCAAGAGCUGCUGUUUCGAUCCAUAAAAAUGAAGAAUGUUUUUCCCGAGCUGAUGAUGGAGGACCUCCAGGAUGCUACAUCUGGGGUCAACUGCCCUGCAGAGGAGGCAGCCUGUUCUUCAGAUCAAGGCAAAUCUACAGAGAGUCGCUGCACGAGGAUGGAGGUGGAAGAACUCGGCCAAAAGGAGAAGGCUCUGCCAAAGAGCAGAGACGUAGAGAAUAUUCACAACUUUGGCUCCUGGGAGAAAAUAUUCACAAAGGAGAUGGGAGGAUGCAAGGAAACUGUCAAGAACCUCAACAGGAAGGAAGCAAAAGAGAACGAGCAGCGAGAAUCCUCAAACUGUCAGGGAGAGGCGAGAAACUCACACCUGAACCGGGAGAACGCUGCUGCUGUUGCUGCUUCGAGCAGUGAUGGUGCAAGCUUCGCUCCGUGGCAGGACGGGGUCCUGGAGAGGUUAGGCCGAGAAGUCAACAAGGUAGAGUAUAACAUGUACCUGCGGGAGAACGGGGCGAUGCUGAUUAACUUCGGACAACUUGCAGCUUGCACGCCGAGAGACAAGGAUUUUGUUUACGGGAAGCUGGAGCCCAUCGCGGUCCAAACCGUCCGCUCGUUCAGAGUCCCCACCAGCUUCCGAGCAAAGCGCGUCCACACAGACAAGGUGCACAAAGCCAGGCACGUGCACCAGAGUGUCGACACCGCGGAUUUGGGCGUGCGGGUCGACGAGCUUCCGAAGAGCGACGAGAUUAGCGCCACGCUCCUCUGCUUCCUGGAGAAGGAGGUGAGAGGACACCUGAUCUCAGAGACUAAAGGUGUAGACGGCCUCUAUGUGAACGUGGGAACACAAACGUACGACUUCCGCUCGGCUCCGUUCAAAGCCGGUGCGUCCCUGGCGGACGUGGUGGCGGACAAACCUCCCGGCCUUUACAUUCACGUCGAGGCCGAAUCCGUCACGAGGAGACACAACAGAAGAAACUCGGCCUUCACCCACAUGUGCGGCCACUUCUUCCGCCGCGAUGAAUACCGCUCUCACUUCAGGAACGUGCACUCCGACAUACAGGCCUCUCUCGGCGGCUGGCUUCAACAGCGCUGCCCCUUGGCAUACCUCGGCUGCACUUUCGCCCAAACAAGGCCUGCAGGCCCGCACCGAGAUGUCAGCGCCUUCCUGCUCCAGCCGCUGGUGCCCUCGUCCCUCUGCGAAGGCGGGAAAACCUUGAACCCCCGGAGAGACGGUGCACGUGAUCUGGAUCCGCUGAGCCGGCUGCCCCCGGAGGUCCUGCAGCAGGUCGCCGGUUACCUCGACAGCUUCACUUUAUCUCAGCUGUCCCAGGCCUCGCGGCUGAUGAGGGAGCUGUGUGCCACGCUGCUGCAGGCCAGAGGGAUGGUCUCCCUCAAGUGGGAGAAGAAGACGUAUUCCCACGGGGGAAGCGCCUGGAGAUGCCGAAAGAAAGUCUGGGAGUUCAGCUCUGGGUUUUCCUCUGUGGACAGAUGGAGCUUCAGCAGCGUUGCCUCCAUGUCAGAUCACCUGAAGACCUGCUCCUUCUACCAGAGGGAGGAACGCACCGAGCCGGUGGUGUUAGCCGGCCUGCGUGAGGUCAGAGAGAAACACGGAGAAGUGAAGCAGCAGAGAUGA